UGCGGGAAUUGGAGCAAUAACAGGACUAAGACCUGGUCUUGGCGUUUGGGUCCAAAGUGAGGCUGCAAACUGGCAGCGAGGACUCGGGAGAAGUAUGGUUCGGAGAUACGCUUGCAUGCUGGCCGUGGCUGCCGGGCUGCUGCUAGGGCUCGCCACCGUCUCCAGAUCGAAGGGCCUGCGGGGAAAGAAGCCUCAGGGGGUGUCGCGAAUCCCUUCUCUGUUCAGAGAAGAGGAGCGCAUCGCAAUGAAAGAGGCCCUGAAAGGUGCCAUCCAGAUCCCAACGGUGUCUUUCAGUGACGAGGAGUCUAAUACUACAGCCCUGGCUGAGUUUGGAGAGUACAUGCAGAAAGUCUUUCCUACACUGUUCAACACCAGCUUUAUCCAGCAUGAAGUUGUGGGAGAGUACAGCCACCUAUUCACUGUCCAAGGCUCAGACCCCACCUUGCAGCCCUACAUGCUGAUGGCUCACUUUGACGUGGUGCCUGCCCCUGGAGAAGGCUGGGACGUGCCCCCGUUCUCUGGGCUGGAGCGUGAUGGUUUCAUCCAUGGUCGGGGCACACUGGACAACAAGAACUCUGUGAUGGCAAUCCUGCAGGCCUUGAAGCUCCUGCUGAUCAGGAACUACAUCCCCCAAAGAUCUUUCUUCAUUGCUCUGGGCCAUGAUGAGGAGGUAUCAGGGAAGAAUGGGGCUCAGAAGAUCUCAACCCUGCUACAGGCAAGGGGUGUCCAGCUAGCCUUCAUUGUGGAUGAGGGCAGCUUCAUCUUGGAUGGUUUCGUUCCCAACCUCAAGAAGCCCUUUGCCCAGAUUGCAGUCUCAGAGAAAGGUGCAGUUAACCUCAUGCUGGAAGUAAACAUGACUCCAGGCCACUCUUCAGCUCCUCCAAAGGAGACAAGCAUUGGCAUCCUCGCAGCCGCUGUCAGCCGACUGGAACAAACACCAAUGCCUAACAUGUUUGGAGAGGGGCCAUUGAAGAUCGCAUUGGAGCAAUUGGGAAAUGAGUUUUCCUUCCCCAUCAAUAUUAUCCUGUGUAAUUUGUGGCUAUUUCAACCCCUGGUAAGCAGGUUGAUGGAGAGAAAUUACAUCACCAAUGCGAUGAUAAGGACCACCACAGCACUCACCAUGUUCAAUGCAGGGGUCAAGGUAAAUGUAAUACCCCCAAAGGCCCAGGCCACAAUCAACUUCCGGAUUCACCCUGCACAGACUGUCCAGGAGGUACAUACUAUAUGUUCAGACAACUGGUUCAACAUCAGGGAGGUGCUAGAACUCGUCAAGGACAUUGUGGCUGAUGACCGAGUCCAGUACCAUGUGUUAAGUGCCUUUGACCCCUUGCCUGUCAGCCCCUCUGAUGACCAGGCGUUCGGCUACCAGCUGCUCAGCCAGACCAUACGGUCCGUCUUCCCGGAAAUCAAUAUUGUUGUCCCAGGCACUUGCAUUGGCAACACAGACAGCCGACACUAUACGAACCUUUCGACCAGCAUCUACCGAUUCAACCCCCUUUAUCUCCAGCCUCAGGACUUCAGUAGCAUCCACGGAAUCAACGAGAAAAUCUCAGUGCAAGCCUACGAGACCCAGGUGAAAUUCAUCUUUGAAUUGAUCCAGAAUGCGGACAUAUUCCAGGCACAGGCUCCUCAUUGGCAUGAACUGUGAGGUCAAGGAGCCAGAUGAGUUAGAGAUGCCCAACCUGGACAUAACCCAAGGGGAAAAGCCAAUCUUGAGGAUACUUGUGGCCAAAACUACAUUGAACACAUUGCCCACUUGCAUUUCUUACUCCUAGACUCCCCCAGUGCCAUGGGCAGGGGGUAAGAGAGGCCCAGCAACAACCUGGCUUCUCCUUACGCCCAGCAUUUCCAUUCUUCCACUGAGUGUCAUGUGUGUCCCACCUAUCUUAGAGGUAUCUGACUUGUCUGAUCUUAUGCUGGUUAUUUAACUGCCUCACCCUCCAGACCUGACUUAACAAAUGCAGAUUUGAAAAAUCUUAACCAGGCUUUACCUGGUGUGAGUGUUUAAUUUAGGGCACUCUUGUAAGGCUGCCUCCUCCAGAGAAGAUAUAUUUCUUCUUGUGAUGACUUCUUUCUUUUUUUUUUCCCCCUCCUCUCCCCUUGGAUUCUUUGGCUCUCUCUUCAUCUUUUCUCUCCUGGCCCUGUGUCCCUUCCCCCACCCUCUAAUUUAUUGUACACCUGGAGUGGGACAUAGUCAAACUGUGAUGUUACCAUAAUUGCCACAACAAUUAAUCAAAUAAAACAAUCUAUGCAGCACCAGCGGGUCACUGAGGGGUGAGACUGAGGCAGGGGGCUUGGGAGAAUUCCCUAACGUCCUGGUUCCCAAGGUGGGAGGCUGGAGCAAAGACACUUUGUCCUUGGUCCCCCCAGCCCCCACCAAAGAAUCCUUGGGCUUUGCUCCCUCCCCUGCUCUGUUCCUGCCACCUGCUGCUGCUGUCUCACCCCAGGAGGCACUAAUCUAUGGAAACAUUUCCCUGGCAUAUCCUGUGGGAUAAGCUCCCAAGGAAAAGGCACUUGAUAACCGAGCCUCUCAGUGGAGCCCAGCCUGGCAGAUCCUGGUUCAGACUGAUCAAAGGGUACUGGAGGGCCCAGUGGGGGAGGAGGACGAGACCGGUUUGAGGGACUCUGCCCUGGCUGGUGAAGCAUGAGGAAGGGCAAGCUGUCCUCUCUUAGGGGACAGCUGAGCUCCUGUCUUUCGGUCUUUCCCCUCUGGAAGCCAACUCUGAGCAUAUUUGAAUCCGCUCAGUAGCUGCCAGGUGGGGGGCAUUGGAAGGCAGCAUUUCUUGGCUCAAGGCUAAGAGCUGUGCUUUGUGAAUCACGAGGUAGUUGGGGUCAUGGAGGGAGACACAGAGGGGGGCUGGGACUUGAGAGAUUCCCUCUCUUCUUCCUCACCAAAGACCUUCCAUGCCUUCCUGGACUCAGCUCUCUCCUCACAGUUCCCCUGCCUCUCACCUGCCCCCAGCUCCUCACCUCUCACCCAUGGAGGCGAGCUACUCUGAGGAGCUCCGGCUUAAUGAAAAGUGUGAAAAAGAGUUGCAGAUUAUUCAAGCUUUUUUGCUACUCCCCCUAAGAAUUAAGAAUUCUCAUUCCUUCCCUCAGCCCCCCCCCCACCUUUUUUUUCCAUUUCAGAACUUAGUCGGUCUUUGUUAGAGGAUGAGUUUAAGAAUAAAAGAACAAAAAUAAUCCUUCA